AUGAAAAAUCAACUGAUUUUCUUUUGGCGAUGCAUAUUCGGCCCAAAACUCUAUCAAACUUAUCCAUCGGCAAUUCCAUCGGCAAUUCCAUCAGCUAGUCGAAAUGAUCAACAACCUGCUCAUAUUUAUAUGAAAAAUACUGCAGAAACGCUCAGUGAUAACGUAUUUUUUGCUCUUAAACUAUCCAUUGGAAUACUCAAAGUAACAUGGCCAUUAUGUUUGAUUUAUUGUUAUCGUAAAGGUUUAUUAACGUACGAAAAUGGAAUUAUGACAUUACGUAUUGUUGGUUGUAUUGCAAUAAUAUCAGCUUAUUUUAUGGUAUUACGAGGUAUUGGUCGUUUUGUUAAUCCAAGUUAUAAAAUAUUUAUUGAAGAAUUUUAUAAAGUAAAACAUGGCUCAACAAAAGAAGCUCGACAACACUUUUUAUCAAAAUUUGACUUUUCUCUAUCACAUUGGAAACCCGAUUACGUUGUUGAAUCAUCAUUUAUUCGAAAAUUACCAAUGAUAUCAACAACAAAAAGCGAUUUAAUUAAUCGUACUGAAUCGACAUUACUCGAACGUAUUUUUCAUUAUCCAUCUCUUCUACUCGGCUAUGUUUGUGUUAAUGUAUUCGGUCGACGUUUGAUGUUUCCAGGUAGUUUACAAUUACUUCGACAAAUGAUGGAACGUCCUUUACUUGAUGGACGUACAACUUUGAUUGUUCGAAAUCGUGCAAAACGUUAUGUAUUACGUACUGCUGAUGGAAAUAAUAUUGAUACGGUAUUUAUUGAUCGACGUGAUUCAAAUCAAACGCACAACGGUCAAACAUUGGUGGUUACUUGUGAAGGCAAUGCUGGCUUUUAUGAAAUGGGCUGUAUGUCAACACCAAUCGAAGCUGGAUAUUCAGUACUUGGUUGGAAUCGACCAGGAUUUGGUGAAAGUUCGGGUCAUCCUGGCACGAUUUCAGAAAUAAAUUCAAUCGAUGCAGUGAUGCGUUAUGCCAUAGAAGAACUUCAUUUUCUUGUCGAUGAUAUCGUUAUAUUUGCAUGGUCUAUAGGUGGUUAUUCGGCAUGUUGGACAGCUGUUAAUUAUCAAGAUAUUCGUGGUCUCGUACUAGACGCUGUUUUCGAUGAUGUCUUGCCAUUGGCACAACGUCAAAUGCCAGCUGUAACAUCAAAAUUUGUUGAAAAAACAGUACGGUAUUAUCUUGAUUUGAAUAAUGUACAAUUACUUAAAUUAUACAACGGACCAUUUUAUCUUAUUCGUCGUACACAAGAUGAAAUUCUUAGUCUUAUACCUGGCCGGAUAGAAACAAAUCGUGGUAAUGAACUUCUAUUUGCUAUUCUUCAUUAUCGAUAUCCAUAUAUUUAUAAUGAUGAUCAAACAUUAACACUUCUAAGACGAUAUAUUUGUUCGAAUAAUAUACAAAAAAUUGCUUUAUUCGAACAAUAUUGUUCCAAUCAUCGAGAAUUACAAUUGCGAACAGAUGAAUAUCGUAUGGAAAAUCCAGUCGCUUCAUAUCCAAGCAAAUUUGGCGAGAAUUUCUCAUUACUUGAACGACAACGUUUCGCAAUCUAUUUUAUUGAUCAACAUUUAGUGGAUUUCGAUUCUCAGCAUUGCACACCUUUACCACAAACUUAUUUUCAUAUACCUAUUCAAAGUGUUUGA